CACGAAUCGAGAACAAGCCAUCAUGUUGAACGGUCCGCUUCUCCUGCUCGGCGCAGUGUUCCUGCUGAGCUCCGCUGCACUCUUCAUCUCGCGAAAUGAAAGACGAGACAUUAUCCUGGGAUGGCUUCAUCUAAAACGGCGAAGACACUCUGGGUCCAGAACACCACCUCUGUCCCUUUCACCAGAGAAGAAGAAAUCGCAAAGUAUCUCAGCACCAGACUACUCGACGACAUUCCCAUCUUCUAGACGUUCCAUACUUGCUGAGACUGAAUUGCCAUCAACGCUCGCAGAAGCAGUGACUGCUUCGCACUCAGAUUGGACCAAGCGUAUGCUACCGAUGAAAGCAUCCUAUCUUGAAGCUACCGAUUGCACAUACACACCAUGCGAGUUCUCCAUCGCGGAAAUAAAAGCUCUGGGAGACUUUCCUGACUACGCCACCUUGAGUGGUGUUCCUCUUCCCAAGCCAUACCACGAUUUCGACAUCAAGAAAGCGUUCCCAAGACCAUAUAGACCGUUUCGUUGGGCAUACCACCAGACAAUGUCACUUACAAAGAUGGAGCCCGACUGGUGGCUAGAACUCGAGAACACCUACGAAAAGCGCAUGAAACAGCGGGCAAACCUCUUGACUGAGCGCGGUGACGCAGUCUUACAAGCACUUGAAGGCUCCGAGUUGGCGUGCAAAGAGCUGAUGGAGAUGGCGCUGCAGUUUCUUUGUGCUCGCUACCCGCAAUACUUCUCACUGAACGCUUCCAAGAUGGUCUUUCACAACGACAUUCUGAAGACUGAGACGGACCUCAGGGAGACGCCGCCCCUACAUGUGAUCUUCCAAAAUAUACCCGAAGACUUCGCGAUCAUGCUGCGCAAUGAGAAAACAGGGUACUACGUCUUCCGUGCUGGCAUCAUCUGCAGUGCACUUGGCUGGAACGUCGGUACUAAGAUCGGUCUUCAUUUACAUGAGAUCCACGCCCCGAUUCCGGAUUACAAGGAGAAGAUGCAGUUCUCAAUGGACAGGUACUUCGCCAAAAAGCCCACCGACAAACCCAUCCAACGCGGCUCUUGGGGUCUCGAGGUCGACCAGCCUUUGUUUAUGCCGCCUGGCGACAGCCAUGAAAACUACAGAGGCUACCAGAUGCCAGAUCUCGAGCUCUCCCGCUGCCACCUACGCGUAGACUGGCAAACCCUGCGCCGCCUGCCACUCUCAGGUGCGGUAGUAUUCAACUUCAAAGCGCUCUUCACGCCCGUAAAAGAAUUCAGAGAUGAGCCAUAUGUACCAGGCUUAAUAUUGAAAGUACUAAACGAGGGCAAGAAGGAGUUGAUGGAGUACAAGAACGCAUGGCACACAGAGCACGUCGUCAAGCCCGCACUCGAAGCAUUCCACGCAGAACAAGUCGCGAAAGGCAUCGUGAAGGGCGACUGGGAGCCACAGACACUAGAUGAGAGCCCGUGGUUCCCACGAUGGGAGGCGAAGUGGCACCGUCAACAGGGUUUUUGAGAACACAACACAUAUAGAAAUGAC